UUCUUGUCACAUGUCUGGAUUUGUUUGGUUUUGUUUGUUUGGUUUUUGGAUUGCUUGAUGGAUUAAUUUGAUCGGAUUUGCAAUCGAAAAGAAAAUGCGUAUUUUUUCAUCAUCAUUAUUGUUUCAUCGACAAAAUCGGAUUAAUUUUACCAAAAGAUUUUUGCAUAAUUCACAACCACAACAAUAUCAACAAUCAAUCAAUAAAUAUGGAAAAUUAAUGAAACCAUUUUUAUUUACAAUAACUGUAUGUGGAACAUCAUUUACAAUAGCAACUAUUGCGGAAUAUGAAAAUAAUGUUUAUGGAAAAAAAUUGAAACACCAUUUAUUUUCAACACCAUCAUUAUGGAAUCAUUCUGAUAAUUCUCGAUCAUCAUGGUUUCAACAGAUGAAAAAUCAAUAUUGGGAUCGACGUAAAGAUGGUUUUAAAAUAUUUUGCGGUAUUGCAGCAUUGAAUGGCUUGGUGUUUUUUUGUUGGCGUUUACCACGAUUAAAUCAUCUGAUGAGUAGAUAUUUUAUAUCAAGAGUUGAUACCGGUUCCAUACGAAUUAUGCCAAUGAUUUUAUCAAAUUUUAGCCAUUAUUCAAUAACACAUUUAGGCAUGAAUAUGAUUGUUUUAUAUUCAUUUUGUGAUCUUGCUGUACAUUUGUUUGGUCGAGAAAAUUUCUUAGCACUUUAUCUUAGUUCAGGUAUAAUAUCAUCGUUUACAAGUUGUCUACAUAAAGUUAUCAUAAAUUCAGCCGUACCUUCAUUGGGAGCGAGUGGUGCAAUAUUGGGCAUAUUGGGUGCAACUUGUCUUGAACGACCUGAUAUUCAAUUGAUGAUAAUAUUUUUACCAUUUUUUACAUUUUCAUCAUAUACAGCAUUGAAAAGUAUUCUAUUAUUGGAUGGAAAAGUUGCCAUAAUUACUGGUGGUAGUCGUGGUUUAGGUGUUGAAAUUGUUCGAUCAUUUUUACGUAAAGGUGCACGUGUUAUAACCACUGCUUCAUCGAAUGAUCCAGGGAAAAUUGAAUCAAGAUUUCAAUCAAUAACCAAAGGAAUACCUGAAGGAAAAUGGAAUUUAGAAAUAUGGCAUCUUGAUCUUAUGUCAAUGAAUUCGGUUAUAAGAUUUUUGGAUCGAUUUAAAAAUCAAAAUGAUACCCGUUUAAAUUAUUUUAUUGGUAAUGCUGGUGUUAUGUUUCCACCAUUUAAAUUAUCUGAAGAUGGUUUUGAAUCACAAUUUUCAAUCAAUUAUCUUGGUCAUGUUCUGAUGUCAUAUCAUUUAUUACCAUAUUUAUAUCGUACAGCCAAACAACAACGUGAUCAAUCAAGAUUGGUUUUGGUUACAUCUUGUCUACAUCAUAUACCAACACGUAUACGUUAUAAUGAUUUACAAGCAUUACAAGUUUAUUCACCACAUUAUCAAUAUGGUUUAUCCAAAUUAUCCGUAUUAAUGUUUAUUUAUUCAUUAAAUCGUACAUUAUCAAUUAAACAACAAGAUUGGAAUGAACGAGUAAAAGUAUUUGCUGUACAUCCUGGUCUAGUUGAUACUGAUCUAUUGAAUACUAUUGAUAUUAUGAAACAAUAUCCAUUAUUAGCUAAUCAAUUAACAUUUCGUGAUACAAAAGCCGGUGCCGAAACAAUUAUCUACGCUUCAUUAUCAAGUCAAUUAAAUCGCAAAAAUGGUGAAUAUUUUGAAGAUAGUAAACCAGUACGAUCAAGUUCAUUAUCAUAUAAUUUGGAUCAACAAAAUCGUUUAUGGAUGGUGACAAGAAAUUUAUUAGAAAAAUGGACUAAUGGUUAUUGGUUUGAGGAUCUUUGAAAAGUC